UGUUGAGAAACUUUGCAUAAAUCUUUUUUGGGGGCAACAUCGGCCAUUCAGGUUUUAGGAAUGAUGAAGUGAUGGAAGUGCUUAUGUCAUAACCUAAUUACUUCCUCUCCUUAAAUGCUCCUACAUCUACACUCCCAAGGUAGUUGUUAUUUGGCUGCGAGGCAGAUAGUUCUACAUCUGGAAAUCAGUCAAUUCAUUAUCAUUCUAUUGUGGAAAGAAAGUAACAGGACUCCUCUUCGUGGUAAAUAUAGUUCUAUUUCUAAAGGUAUUUCCAGGUAGCGGUAGCAUUAAAAGGUGACAUGUAUUGGAAGAUUUUGACAGCAGUUCUCUGCUUCUAUGCAGUUGUUCCUGUCAGAGUAUCAACAACAGCAGCUCCCAUCACAACUAGUGAUGCCCUAUCAACAACCACAGAUGCCAACACUACAAUCACAGCUGCCAACACUACAACCACAGCUGCCAACACUACAACCACAGGCGCACCAACAACAACCGCAACUGACAACAUAACAACCAUAGAUGCCAACACCACAACAACAGCUGUCCCAACAACAGCCACAGCUGCCAACACUAUUACCACAGCUGCCAACACUACAACCACAGCUGCCAACGCUACAACCACAGGCGCACCAACAACAACCGCAGGUGACAACAACACAACAGCUGUCCCAACAACAGCACCAGCUGCCAACACUACAACCACAUCUGCCAAAACCACAAACACAGAUGCCAACACUAUUACCACAGCUGCCAACACUACAACCACAGCUGCCAAUGCUACAACCACAGGCGCACAAACAACAACCGCAGCUGACAACAUCACAACCAUAGCUGCCAACACAACAAACACAGCUGUCCACACUACAACCACAGCUGCCAACAUUACAACCACAGCUGUCCACACAACAACCACAGCUGCCAACGAUACAACCAAAGCUGCCAACACCACAACAACAGCUGUCCCAACAACAGCCAUAGCUGCCAACACUACAACCACAGGUGCCAAAACCACAAACACAGAUGCCAACACUAUUACCACAGUUGCCAACACUACAACCACAGCUGCCAAAGGUACAACCACAGGAGCACCAACAACAACCACAGCUGCCAAAACCACAAACACAGAUGCCAACAGUAUUACCACAGCUGCCAACACUACGACCACAGCUGCCAACACUACAACCACAGCUGCCAACACUACAACCACAGGCGCACCAACAACAACCACAGCUGACAACAUCACAUCCAUAGCUGCCAACACCACAACAACAGCUGUCCCAACAACAGCCACAGCUGCCAACACUACAACCACAGCUGCCAAAACCACAAACACAGAUGCCAACACUAUUACCACAGCUGCCAACACUACAACCACAGCUGCCAACGCAACAAACACAGCUGUCCACACUACAACCACAGCUGCCAACAUUACAACCACAGCUGUCCACACAACAACCACAGCUGCCAACGAUACAACCAAAGCUGCCAACACCACAACAACAGCUGUCCCAACAACAGCCAUAGCUGCCAACACUACAACCACAGGUGCCAAAACCACAAACACAGAUGCCAACACUAUUACCACAGUUGCCAACACUACAACCACAGCUGCCAAAGGUACAACCACAGGAGCACCAACAACAACCACAGCUGCCAAAACCACAAACACAGAUGCCAACAGUAUUACCACAGCUGCCAACACUACAACCACAGCUGCCAACACUACAACCACAGCUGCCAACACUACAACCACAGGCGCACCAACAACAACCACAGCUGACAACAUCACAUCCAUAGCUGCCAACACCACAACAACAGCUGUCCCAACAACAGCCACAGCUGCCAACACUACAACCACAGCUGCCAAAACCACAAACACAGAUGCCAACACUAUUACCACAGCUGCCAACACUACAACCACAGCUGCCAACGCAACAAACACAGCUGUCCACACUACAACCACAGUUGCCAACAUUACAACCACAGCUGUCCACACAACAACCACAGCUGUCAACGAUACAACCAAAGCUGCCAACACCACAACCCCAGCUGCCAACACUACAACCACAGCUGCCCCCACAACAACCACAGCUGUCCCCACAACAGCCACAGCUGACAAUAUCACAACCACAGCUGCUAAAACUACAUCCGCAUUUGUCCACACAACCACAGCUGCCAACACUACAACCCCAGCUGCCACCACAACAAUCACAGCUGCCAACGAUACAACCAAAGCUGCCAACACCACAACAACAGCUGUCCCAACAACAGCCAUAGCUGCCAACACUACAACCACAGGUGCCAAAACCACAAACACAGAUGCCAACACUAUUACCACAGUUGCCAACACUACAACCACAGCUGCCAAAGGUACAACCACAGGAGCACCAACAACAACCACAGCUGCCAAAACCACAAACACAGAUGCCAACAGUAUUACCACAGCUGCCAACACUACAACCACAGCUGCCAACACUACAACCACAGCUGCCAACACUACAACCACAGGCGCACCAACAACAACCACAGCUGACAACAUCACAUCCAUAGCUGCCAACACCACAACAACAGCUGUCCCAACAACAGCCACAGCUGCCAACACUACAACCACAGCUGCCAAAACCACAAACACAGAUGCCAACACUAUUACCACAGCUGCCAACACUACAACCACAGCUGCCAACGCAACAAACACAGCUGUCCACACUACAACCACAGUUGCCAACAUUACAACCACAGCUGUCCACACAACAACCACAGCUGCCAACGAUACAACCAAAGCUGCCAACACCACAACCCCAGCUGCCAACACUACAACCACAGCUGCCCCAACAACAACCACAGCUGUCCCCACAACAGCCACAGCUGACAACAUCACAACCACAGCUGCUAAAACUACAUCCGCAUUUGUCCACACAACCACAGCUGCCAACACUACAACCCCAGCUGCCACCACAACAAUCACAGCUGCACCAACGACAACCACAGCUUCACCUGCAGCGACAACAGCCACUUCCACAAUGACCUCAGCUUCACCUUCGACAACCACAGCUGCACCUACAGCAACAACAGCUUCUCCCACAACAACCACAGCAACAUCAACUCCAGCUCCUGUUACAAAUACAAUAGAUCCUACAAGAACAGUGGCAGCUUCAAAUUCCUGCUGCAGCGCUAUGGGAAGAAACAGACUUCAAGAAAUGGUCACUUUACUACUUGCUUUAAUGCUGAUCUAUUUCUUCUGAACAGAAUAGCUCUAGGACUCAAUUAAACCCAUUAAGUAUAAGAUAUUCCACAAUAAAGGCAUAUGUAUUUUCAGCUAUUAAGAUUAAGAGAUGUUAAGAAACGGCUAAUACUAGCUUAUUUAAAGUAAUUGCUUGUCAUUAUGGUUAUGUAUAAAACUGUUAGUCUAUUUUGUUUUGUACAAAAUUGACCUCAAUAGAAAAUAAAUCACUAAAUAAUGCUAGUAAAGUGAUGAAGCUAAUUCUGCUAAUGCCAGAACCUGGAUUAUUGUUUGAAUGAAAGUAAAUGUGUUAUGUUUUGCUAAUUAAUAUUUAUAUUUGUUUUAGUAUAUCGCAAUAGCUUAUGAAUAAUAUAAUAUGAAUACAUUUGUAUCAUAUGAAAUUAACGAAUUAAAUUAGAAAAUUAUCUUGGGAACCUAAAGGUCUAUUCAGUAAUAUAUAUAUUUCCUUCCUUAUUGUAACCCAACUAUUGGCAUACAUUGAAAUCUUUGGAAAUAACUUUGAAAACUCUUGAAUAAAUAAUGGCAUACAAAUUUUUUGAAACAAGUAAUUUUUUUCAUUUCACUUCACCAAUUUGGACUAUUUUGUGUGUGUGUCCAUUACAUGAAUUCCAAACAAAAAUCCAUUUAAAUUACAAGUUGUAAUGCAACUAAAUAGGACAAAAGCCAAGGGGGAUGAAUUAUUUUGCAAGGCACUGUACAGCCACAACAACCACAUAUUCUCUGACAAUAACUACAGCAUCUACAACAUCCACAACAGUUUCCUGUACAACAACCAUAGUGAUAAGAUAAUUAUCUAAUAAAGGUAAAUGAAUCAAUAAACCAUGAUGAAUUAUUAGUCAUACAGCAUGGUUAAUGAAUAAUCAAUGUAAUGAUCAAUGUAGGGAUCGAUUAGUCUGAUUAGUUCCGGAAAGUCCAGGAACCACUGGAGAGGGAAAUAAAUGUGUGUAUGCCAUUAGGAGGGACAGCAGGAGACAGAUGGUCAAGGGAGUAAAAGCUUCAAAGAGUUCCUAACCUUGAGGGAAAAGAACAGGCUGAGCUCUGGAUAGUGGUAAACAAGUGUGUGAAGUCUAUGGGGGAUGCAUGUCACCAACAGUUUGUGUGUAAAUGCAUGUGCGUAAGAAAGCAAGAACUAUAUAAUGACUGUUUUGUUAUCCUGACCUCAGAACGUUCUCUGAAUAAAGCUACAGAAACCUUUUGCAGAAAGCUGAGUCCUUGCCUAAUUAUUUUAACCCAUUGUCUUACAAACCUUGGGUAUUAGUCAAGGCGAAUUGAUUAUUGAUUAUUAUCAUCAAGAUAUUAAAUUCCUUUAACAAUUGGUCCUAUUCGAGUCGGAUUUCAAUACCCGCUCCUGUCGUUCCAAGGAGACACCAAAACCGUGCACAGGCGGAUGAAAUAUCCGUAAAUCAAAGACCUGGCCCUUUUCUGUGGGUUCUUUACAGGCCGGUGGCAAACUGGUAUGCGACAGAAGCGGUGACGAGAUCCAACCUACAUUGAAUUAUCAGCUGC